AUGUCUUGGCUUUCUGUGCAGGCCCGCUCACAGAGCGCGUCGCGAGCCCGGAGAGGCGAGGCGCCGUCGUUGGAGGAGCAUUUCCAGUUGCUCGUCGUGAACCGUCGAGGUUUGGCCCAGAUUCGGACAGACAUUGACAUAUUCAUCCUUGCUUUGGGCUUCGUCGAUCAGUUCAAGGGCAUCGCGGGCAACAUCUUCGUGGGCCAUCAAGCCUAUCCCUUGUCGCUGGGCAGGAGCCGAGCUAUGGCGGAAAACAAGGCUUCGCAGCUGCACUUCGAAAAUGCCCCGAAUCUCACGUAUGGCCCGGAUAGUAAGUGCACAUCCAUCUGGGAUGACUCAAGGACUCGACACCUGCAGGCCAUCGCCAACAACACCUCGUUCGAGAUCCCCAAGGAUGCAUCUCGCCGAUCAACUCACGCGAACCUCUUUGCGGAGAGCUUUGUCUCCGAUGACAGCCUGCGCCAUGGGCUCGACAUGAAGAUCCGUUCCGCCCAAGAUGGCAAUCAAGCGUUGGAAGCCAUCAGCAACAAUCUUCAAGAAUACAUCCCAGAGUUCACCAACAAGGACUUCAAAUGGGGUGCUCAGUUACUCGUCUCAUUUACGUUGUAUCAUCUCAAGGGUGCCGAAAAUGCCGAGGAACUCCUGAAGAAUGCCAUCCGGGCGAAGCACCAAUCGAUGCGGCUAAAGGAGGCAGAGCUCAACGGCUGA